UGGGAUCCAGACACCUGCAGGCAGGACACCUCCCUAGUUCCCUGCUUCCCUCUCCAUUUCCCUCUUCCUGCCCCCCAAGCUUGACAACAUGGAGAAGGGGUGGGACACAAGCUGCACUGACACAAACAGAUUACACCACUGGAUCUCCAAGGGGACCACUCUACUUUCCCCAAGAGCCCAGUGAAUGGCCCUCUCCAGGGUCCUCAAAACCUUACUGAGAGAACUGGAAAAUCCAGUUGCCCAGACCCCCACACCCUUUCUGCCAAACACAGGUGCUAAGGACUGAGGGUAAGGAGAGGCCACCUAGGACUUCAGAUAUCUCUUCCUUACAAUAGAGUUGUAAGGUGGCUACGAUGUGGUCUGCGCUGCCCUUCUUCCUCCUCCUGGCCCUUCUUGGCAGCUCAUAUGGAGCAGGGCCAAGCGUGACUUUGCAAAUGAAGCUGAAGGCAUCUUUUCUGGCAAAUGUCUCCCAUGACUCCAGCUUCCUGGAAUUGCUCAAGAGGCUCUGCCUUCUUCUCCACCUCCCAUCAGAGACCAACGUCACCCUCCAUCAUGAAGGAACCCCGCACAACUUCAUCUGCAAAGCCUGAAAAUAACUGAAGCCUGUGUUGGCUAAGGGAAUCAGUCCCCUGGGGUGCAAGGUCAUAUCCUGACCCUGUCUUCCAACAGAUUCUUGUCCUGUUGUGUGCCAAUAAAAUGCUAUAUCCAA